AUGAACCAGGCAUGCAUCUUCGAUUCGGACGAGAUGAGUCCCGCUGCCAGUCUUUACGGCGCAUCACAGUUCACGGAAGCCUCACACUUCACGGCCGAGAACACUCCCUUCGAUCUUGACCAGCAACUAGACGACAACUAUCAAAGCGGCUACCGAUCGCCGCGGAUGCAGUUCGCUUCACCAGAUGUUCAGACGAGCCCGGAGUCCGCCCCCGCCACAUCAAGAAACUCGUUAUCUUCGUCAUCGACGUCGAUGGACAGUCUCACUAUUGACCCUUCCGAUAUCAAGCCGACCGAGGUCACAUCAGCACACACCAACGAAUUCUUGGCCAGUCCGUACGACAACAGUCCUAGUCCAGUUGCUUCAAUGCAAGAUGCAUUAUCACCACAGCACAAUCCACAACCUUUGAUGCCAUACGUAGCGCCUGAACAAGCUCAGAGGCAGUACUCCAUGAUACAGCCCGAUGCUAUGGUAACGGAUGGUCCACAAGAACAAGCUUCGGGGACAAACAUGGCGACUGCCCAACACAUGUCGCAAGUGAUCCCGGGGCCGGUUGCCAAUUUGCAGAUGCAUGGUUUGCCAACGCAGUUCAUUGUACCGCCCUCGCACUGGCCGGCGGCCUUUACCUACAGUAUGCCACAUAUGCCUGAUGGUCGUGGCAUUUCCUUCAUGCCGCACGGGAUGCCCGUGAAUCUUCCCCAGAUGCCUAGCGGCUUUGGCGGUCCUCCGUAUCACCUGGACGUUUUAUUGAUGGACCGGAUGCGGAAGAAAGACGGAUCUGGAAACGUCAACGGAGAAGUCGAGAUCCCCAAAAUGAGAGUUGAGACACAAGCCAAGUACAGACUCGCCCUCUUUCCUCUCCCUCACGGCGUCAAGAAGCUUCAUCUUCCAACGCAGUACAUCAGCAAGGUCAAGCAAAUGGCUCGACCUCUUCCGCCGCCAUCGCCAGAGAGGCUGGAGUUGCACGCCGUUGUUGUUUGCACGAGUGCAAUGGAGAACCCCGAUCUGAAGAAGAAAGCUCUAAUGCGAGCCCGCUUGGGUGCGCAACGUCAAGUCAAGGGGGAACCGAAGCCGAACACUGACGAUGAGCUGCCGGGCCAUGAUGGUGGCGAGAUUCGAAUCUGCCAAAAGUGUAUCAGGCGCGAGUCGAAGCGAGCUGGGCGGAAGAAGGUCAAGAAUGUGGAAGAAGAUGAAUACUGGCGAUCCUUCGAAUCGGACAGGAUCAUUGUGUUCAAUGCUGCCGAGAUUCAGGAAUGGCAUGAGCCAAAGCCCGAAGAAGUGAACGCCUACCAUGUGGAGUUCUACAUCAGAAUAGCGUGUUAUGGCCGGCACCACAACGACAAGAAGAAAGGUUUCCAGGUCAUCUUCACCAUCGUCGACCACGAAGGCAACUACAUUGCCCAACAGCUUUCGUCCCCGAUCGUCAUUACCGAUGACCACAAGACGCGAGACUCUCCGCAAGUGGACGAUGAGUUCAUUCCGGACCAACCGCAGAAUGGCACUGUUAACCCUCCUGCUUCGAACGGACAGCCUACCCCUCCUCCCCUUUCUCACGAUAUCCAACCCCUCAAGCGUAAACAGCCAACUGUUGUACCUCCGGUUGCCGUUACUACGCCUAACCAAGAGAUCUCUCAGCCCCCAUCGCCGAUCAGGCCUAUCACAAAUUCGAGUAAAAAGAGAAGAGUUGGCAAUCUAAUCAUGACACCGGUAGAAGCAAUCGCCCCAAUGCCCCCACAACAGGUAUCCAACGCGGCGGCGGUGGCUAAACCAGCCUCAUCAGCCUCAUCGGCCUUUGUUCCGCCUGUUCAGAGGCACUUUGCUCGGCCUUCAGACGCGAGCCAACAGCAGAUUAACCCACCAUCACUCGCUAUCGGCGCAACAACGAUGUCGUAUACUGGCGGCUCGCCGCCUUCAACCGAUAACAACGACCAAGCAAUGUUCACCUUGCCUGGCAAUCAAGGUCUCAACUUCUUUGCCAACCCCACAUCAGGAAAUCCAAGUCGCGAUCCCAGCCCAAGUCAUUGGCAUAACACCAAUGGCAGUAAUUUGUUGAGCCCACUUAUGCGGUCAGCAGUGGGCAGUCCAUUCGCCACGGCGCCGGCGCCAGCUCCCGCACCGGUUGCUAAUCCAAUGCCUUCUGUGGAGGCCCCCGUUCCGGUCAAACUAUUCAAGGUAAUUCCGCAUCAAGGAUCGGUUGAUGGCGGAUUUGAAGUUACAGUGCUAGGCGGUGGCUUUUCCCAGGGCAUUGUAGUCAUGUUUGGCGGGCGGCAGGCCACGACGACGACGUACUGGGGAGCAGAAUCUUUGGUAUGCUUGGUCCCUCCGAGCGACACACCUGGCAAAGUCCAGGUUACCUUCAAGAAUCACCAGGUACGGGGUCAACCCGUGUACUUCGAAUAUAUCGAUACAAGGUCCGACGAACUGGCCAAGUCUGCGCUUGCCUGCUUGGCGCAGAAGAUGGGCAAAGAUGUCAACUCCUUUGCCAACGACCUCAUUCAGAACUUCACCAACGAAGGUUCUGGCCCCUCUGCCUCCGGUGCUCCUACCUAUAACCACGGUCACUUUGAGAACUACCUUCUCAAUGUUAUUGAGGCGAUUGAUCUGGACGACACUCCGAACAGCAAACCGAAAUGGAAUCUCGCUAGUGAAGCCACGGGAAAGACCAUGUUACAUUUGGCCUGCUCUCUUGGUCUCCGCCGGUUCACUGCAGGCCUCCUGGCUAGGGGCGCGAACCCUGAUAGCCGGGACAAUGGCGGUUAUACUCCUCUCCACAUGGCUUCUCUCAAUGGCCAUGCUGAGAUUGUACGGCUCUUGGUUGCCCAUGGUGCUGAUCACACGCUCCGAACCUUAUCCGGUUUCACUGCUGCGGACGUGGCCAAGACGACAGAGGUUGUCCAGCGCCUUGCAACUAGUCGACUACACAGCAGGUCCCGCAGUCUCGGAUCGCUACCUAGCAGGGCUACUAGUACCAGCAGCUUCACGUCACUCCAGCAAACGACGACAGCCAUGGCGUCUUUGGCCCUCGAGAGGCCGGUCAGCGAGUCUACAGAGCCAGAAGACUCUUCUUCGUUCAUGUCAGAUGUCGAGGAUUCAUCGGAGGACAGUGAAUCGACCGAUGGCGACGAUGAACCCGUUCUCGAAAUGCGCCGUAGCAGUCUCGCGUCGCCACCACCAACCGACGAGAAUGUCGCUGAGCGGCAGCGGCCGCUUGUUGAUGGUCUUGGUCCUGCUGCUGCUGUUAACGCUAUCAGGGAGCAGAUGAUGGCUCAAAUACAGCAGUUGCAACAUAUGCUUCACCUCCAGAACCUCCCUCAGCUACCGUUCAUGCUACCUCCAGUAGUACACUACAUGCCAGCGUUGCCUGGUUACCAGACUGCCCAACGUCUUGCGGCGACUGUCGUCCCAGGAAUUACCGCACCGAGACCAGAACCAAAUGCCACGCAACCAACGCCCCUGCCGCCUACAUCGAAGGAAUCUGCAGGCUGGUUCAACAGUCUGAUGAGCAACAACAACAACAACAACAACAACAACAACAACAACAACAACAACAAUAACUCUGUUCCUCCACCCUCUUAUGAUGAGAGUUGUGGCAAGGGUCAGAGCGGGUUCCCAGAUGAGAAACAGGCGUCAAUCGCGAUGGCUGCCGCCGAAGCUGCAGCAGACGAGAAGUGUGCGGCCAUCUUUGACCAAGCCGGUAGCAGCAGCAUGACGAUAGAGGCAACGACCACCACGAUACCCGCUGUGGAAAUUGACGACAAGACAGGGAUUAAUGAGGAGGCUGAAGUAGAGACGUCGCUCGAGUUACCGGUCAUGCUUGAAAUCGGUCGCAAGAAUGCCAUCACCAAGGAGCAGCAGGAGAACCUACGCAGGGCGCAUUCCGUGAAGAAGAAGGAGCUGAGUAGGGACAGGAAUCUCUAUCUCAUCUGGAUCCCUCUUCUGCUCGUCACACUUUUCGCAACAGUGUUCAACGAGCAUCACUCUAUCUGGAACUUUUUACAGAUGGCUCUUGAGUACUUCCUUGGGAGUACACAGCCGCUGGAGAAUCAUGCACCCCAUACUGUGAUUGGGCAGCCACAGCCGCUUCAGCCGUUGCAGGAGCCAGUGGGGGUAUGA